CCUCAUGUGCGCUCAUGUGACCGGGGUAAAGCCAAAACAGGAACAAAAUGGCUACUGCUACAGGGGACGAGGCAGCGGCUAUGGAUAGCAUCUCCCGGGCCCCAGCGGCUCAUUCUGCAGCUUUGAGUGCGCCUGGAGCCGGGAGUAAUCAAGCAGAACCCCCAGAGGAUGGAGCUGAAACCGCAGCACCUAAAAAGGGUGAUGGCGGGGUAGAGACAGCAGAGGAGGCUGUGGAGCCAGCAGAGCCUGAUAUAAACGAGUUAUGCAGCGAUAUGUUUGAAAAGAUGGCAAUAUUUCUACAAGGGGAACUCACAGCUACAUGUGAAGAUUACCGCUUGUUGGAGAAUAUGAACAAGCUGACCAGCCUGAAGUACAUGGAAAUGAAGGACAUCAGCAUAAACAUCAGUCGUAACCUACAGGACCUUAAUAACAAAUAUGCCAGCCUUCAGCCAUACUUGGAUCAGAUAAAUGAAAUUGAGGAGCAUGUCACUUCACUUGAGCAGGCUGCAUACAAACUGGAUGCUUACUCUAAGAAGCUAGAAGCUAGGUUCAAGAAACUAGAGAAGCGAUGAUAGCUGGAGAUUCCUAGCCACCUUUCUUAGCCUGCUGCCUUACCUCCUUGUCUCCUCGGUGGUGGAGCAGCAGGAGGAUGUGAACUGAGACUGAAAUAACAAACAGUCAGAAACACUUGGACACUUGAACGCACCUCAGAAGAACCACCAAAGGCCGAAGUCGAGGAGCAGAGAGAAGCGGUGUUGGCUCUGUUUAAGCCCCAGUUGAGAAGGACUGUUUUUGACAGCUAUCUGGUGUGAAGGAGGUUAGACCAGUGCGUGCCCUUGGAGUUACUGGAAUUUUUGUAUGUAGGUCAAAUUGUUAAAAAAAGAAUAACUAGCAUUUGAUAAUUGAAGGUUAUUGUUGCACUGUAGACUAAACAAAGCAUGUGUUACGAUAGCCAUUGAAAUGUCAGCCUAAAUAAUACAGUUAUCUAACUACAUAUCCACAGGUACCAGGCAAGAGGAAUGGGCAUGACUGUUCAUUUCUUAGUACUAGUUUGUGUAUUAAAUACAGCUAUACUUAAUUUAUGAUCAUAUUGUAUUGUUUAAAAUUUAUUUAAUAUUUAGUCCAAGGUCUGUCAUUGGUUACAUACAGUAACAUACACUAAACAAAAACACAAACGAAAAGUGCACUCUGUCUGGCCCUUGUUUUUUUCCAUAUACCCACUGAAAGAAGUGUCUUGGAAUAAUUUUAAAUUAUUCAUUAAUUUAAAUUGAUAAACUGUAUGCAUUUCUAGCCUUCAUCAGCAGAUGGCAGUCAUGCUCUUUUCUAAACCUAAUCUUGGGUCUAUUUAUCUCUGGUAAAAUAUGAGGUAAAUAGACACUUCUUGCUUAAUAUAACCACAAUUAGCAGAACCUGGCAUUAACUAUAACUACAUGUAAUAUUUUCUGCUUUUAUACUAAUAAAAACAAAAUAUACAAUCUAAAA